AUGGAACUUUCAGAGAAUCAACUCAACCGGUCUUCUAGAAUUAGCCGGCUGCCUGGUCCCUCCGCACCGUCCGGUCUCUCGGAACUGAGCGAGUCGCAGCACAACACCCGCAGUCAAUCCGCCAUCCCCGCUCCUGGCGGCAUUAAGAAUUUGAAGCGCGAAACCCCUCAGCCUGCUUCCCAGUCAGAGCCGAAGCGCAAACUCCUUUCUGACCGCGCCGCCGAGUACCCGCCCAAGGCCACUCAUAGCUAUGCUACGAGAGCGAAUGUGGUCCAAGGCCAUGCGCUUACGAGCGUGCCCUCUUUGAAGUCCUCCUACCGACAACAGCCUGGCCAAACAGCGCUACUGGGCAGCUUUGCGAAAAGCUUUGGUCCAGGCAGAGACCGGCCGGCCGCCAAGACAAAUGCCAUCCGGCCUCCGACUUCACGAUUAAAACAUGUACCACGGCCCAAGACAUCGCAUGGGCAUCGCGACGAAGAUCUUCUCGAUCAAUCGACAACCACAAAUGUGUGGGACGUGGACGGUCGAGUUGGGGACAUGGAGUCGCGGUUCGAGGAAUUGAAAGACAUGGUGAACAUAACACUCACGCAAAAAAAGGGACACGACGACGCCCUGGAGCUGGCAAAGACACGAGUGGCCGAGCUCGAAAAUGACCGCCAAAAACUUACUGAACGCAGUGAAUCCCUGCGCAAUGAGCUUGACAAUGCUAGAGAGGAAGGCCACUCGUUGCGACGGCAACUUGAUGAAGUCAAGUGGGAGAGUCAACGAGAGGUUGAUCAACUUAAACGCGACCAUUCUCGAGCUAUUGAGGAUCUGGAUCGCCAACACCGCACCGCCUUUGAGGAUCAUCGCCGAGAGCUGAACCUAUUAAAAGAGCAAGGGACAAAACAGCACUCAGAACAGAUCAAAUCGAUUACGCGAGAUCACGAAAGAUCCCUCGAGGAAGAACGCCAGCGCAAAGACCGCGAAAUGCAAGAUUUACGGUCGACCAUGGGGAGAGAAGCGCAAGAUAUGAGCUUGAGUAUGCAACGGAAAGAGCGUGAAUUGCAAGACUUGCGCGCCGAGAACGACUCCCUUUGCAGCGAAAUCGAGCGCCAGAAGAGCCUCAAUGGCAGCCUCCAGUCCAAUAUAUCGGAAAUAUCCGCGGCCAAUGUGACACUGGAAGCCAAACUCAAUUCCGUUCGAUCGCAGGUUGAAUUUCUCGAGUCUGAUAGCAAAGCACAGUCCGACUCUUUCGCAAACAUGGAGGCCAGGCUUCAGGAGGCCCUUCGAUUAGCCGAGGAAGCGAAACAGAAGCUCAUCAAGGAAGAGACCGAGCGACGCGUCUUGUUCAACAAGUAUCAAGAGCUCAAAGGUAAUAUUCGCGUCAUGUGCCGUGUACGGCCUCCGCUAGGCGCUCCUUUAGAGAAUCGUGCUGGCAUGAACUUCCCAGACGAGAAGACCUCGGCCGAAAUUGUCCUAGCAGGGCCUGAGGAACGCAGCAGCUUGGGCGUCGUCUCACGGAAAAACUAUCCUUUUGAGUUUGACCGUGUGUUCAUGCCAGCAUCCCAAAACGAGGAGAUCUUUGGCGAGAUCUCACAACUUGUGCAGAGCGCAUUGGAUGGCUAUAACGUCUGCAUCUUCUGCUACGGCCAGACCGGCUCUGGCAAGACUCACACGAUGUCUUCAGAUGACGGCAUGAUUCCUCGCGCAACGCACAUGAUAUACGACACAAUCACGAAAUUCAAGGAAAAGUCUUGGGAGUACACUAUGGAAGGCUGCUUCGUCGAAGUUUACAACGAAGAAUUAAACGACUUGCUGGUACCAAAUGAGCGCAACCCCAAGAAGCUUGAAAUUCGUCACGAUGAGGCGCGCAAGCAAACCACUAUAAUCAACUGCAAAACGGUCAUAUUGAGCUCCCCUGAUGUGGUUGAGACGAUGUUGAGCGAGGCGCAGAAGAACCGAUCAGUGGCAGCGACAAAAGCCAACGAGCGCUCGUCUCGGUCGCAUAGUAUCUUUAUCCUCAAACUUGUCGGCAAAAACUUGGCGACUGGAGAGCAGUGUGAGGGCACACUGAACCUGGUCGACCUGGCUGGUUCAGAGCGCCUGAAGCACUCGCAGGCCGAAGGAGAACGCAUGAAGGAGACGCAAAACAUCAACAAGAGUCUUAGCUGUCUGGGCGACGUGAUUGAGGCGCUAGGUCGCGGAUCUGGCCACAUUCCGUAUCGCAACUCUAAGCUGACGCAUCUACUUCAGUACAGCCUUGGUGGUAACAGCAAGACUCUCAUGUUUGUUAUGGUAUCGCCGUUAGAAGUUCAUCUAAAGGAGACGCUGACAAGUUUACGGUUCGCAACCAAGGUACAUAACACGCAUAUCGGCACGGCCAAAGCGACGAAGAGGAUUAAGGGCGGCGAUUAG